AUGAAAAAAAUGAUGGAUGGAUGGAUAUUAAUACUGGUAUAUGUUUAUAAGGCGACUGUGUCUGAAGCAUGGACCAGCAGGUCGUGCAAAUGUGACUGUGAAGGUGUGUCACCAACUGAGUUCUCCUCCUUUGGCUCCUCUUCAGUGAGGGGAGUGGACUGCAUGCCAGAGUGUCCAUACCAUAAGCCUCUUGGCUUUGAGGCUGGAUCAGUGAGCCCGGACCAGAUAACCUGCUCCAAUCAGGACCAGUAUAGCGGAUGGUUCUCCUCUUGGCUCCCAAACAAGGCUCGCCUCAACAGUCAAGGAUUUGGCUGUGCAUGGCUCUCAAAGUUCCAAGACAGCAGCCAGUGGCUGCAGAUCGACCUGAGGGAUGUUAUGGUGGUCUCGGGAAUCCUCACUCAAGGUCGCUGUGAUGCCGACGAGUGGGUGACCAAAUACAGUGUGCAGUACCGCACGGACGAAAAACUCAACUGGAUCUUUUACAAGGACCAGACUGGGAAUAACAGGGUGUUUUACGGGAACUCCGACCGCUCUUCGUCAGUGCAGAACCUCUUGCGGCCGCCUAUUGUGGCGCGCUACAUCCGCAUCCUCCCCUUGGGCUGGCACACACGCAUCGCUCUGCGCCUGGAGCUGCUGCUUUGCAUGAACAAAUGUGCCUGAGCCUCGAAUCCUGCUCUCCUCGAGGCCUUCACCUCCGACCUCCUCUGUCCAAACACUCAAUGUAUGUGUUAACCUUGAUUAUUUUUUAAUCCUUCCAUUACAGUUGUAUGAAGGUCAUUCCAGGUUUGGAGAACAAUUUAGGCACUGACAUUGUGAAACGACAGACAUUUGAUUUAUUCUUUUUUUAUUUAAACAGCUAAUAAACCUCCAUAUAAUUUGAUUCAUCCAGCUCAACUCUCAAAAGUAAGCUUAAGACCCCUAUCAAACUCGAGGCCCGGGGGCCAGAUCUGGCCCGCCACAUCACUUUAUGUGGUCCGUGAAAGCAAAUCAUCAGUGUCAACUUGCAUGACAUUUGUCAAAAUCUGUACUGAAAUGUCAAAUUGUCAUGUGUAAAAAAACAACGUUAAGAUUUUGCAAUAAUCUUGUUAUCCUCUUUACAGUCAAUUGAACAAUAAUUGAAAAGACUAUUAUAGUUGAAUUGAUUAAUUCGAAAACUAGUAAUCCAUCAAUUUGUUGUGUACUCUCGUAAUGGCUCUCUGCCAUAUUUUGUUGUUCGGCACAACCCCGUUAGUUACUAUCAAGGCUCAAAAUAAGUGGUUGAGCCUCGCACUUUGGGAAUCAAAAUCAUAAUUUUAUGUCUCCAUAAACGCCUUGAAUUGCAAAAGUGAUGUCGUCUCUGCUGAGUCAUGGUCCUUCCUUCUUUUUCUCUCUUCCUUUUGAUGGCUAAAAACAUUUUAGGAACAGGGGUGCGUCUUGAGAGAAAAAUGUGAAAAUGUUUUGACAAUUACAAAGAAGAAAAAAUCUGACCAAAAAGCUGAUUCAAGACAUAAUUUAUCUGUAUAUGUUUGAUUUGUGGGGCGGCCCGGUAGUCCAGUGGUUAGCAUGUCGGCUUCACAGUGCAGAGGUACCGGGUUUGAUUCCAGCUCCGGCCUCCCUGUGUGGAGUUUGCAUGUUCUCCCCGGGCUUGUGUGGGUUUUCUGCGGGUGCUCUGGUUUCCUCCCACAUUCCAAAAAACAUGCAUGGUGGGCUGAUUGAACACUCUAAAUUGUCCCUAGGUGUGAGUGCGAGCGUGGAUGGUUGUUUGUCUCUGUGUGCCCUGCGAUUGGCUGGCAACCGGUUCAGGGUGUCCCCCGCCUACUGCCCAGACACGGCUGGGAUGGGUGCCAGCAACCCUCGGGAACCUUGUGAGGAUUAAGCGGGUCAGAAAAUGGAUGGAUCGAUGAAUCCAAUGUUUGAUAUGCAAAUGAACUCUGAAUUUUAUUUGUUUAAAGCAGUCUCACACUGGCUGAAUUAAUUUAACUUUGUCGCAAAUUGUUAACAUUCACACUGAACUGGCAUCGAAUCAAAGGAGUAAUUAAUCGUGGCACGUUGCUAUGGAGGAAGUCUGCACAGAUGUGCAAACAAACCAAUCCUAAACACGCCUCUCAUGUGAGACAACUCACUGAAAUGCUUGCUGCCUUCUUUUGACACGAGGUGAUCAGCAGGGAAUUUUACAGCUCUCACCAAGCCUCUCCCAACUAGCCUCUAAGGAAAAGAAGGUGAUAAUUUGACUAUAAUCUUCUGUCGGUAAUGGAAAGAAACACCCCUUGGAUUGUUUUCUGAUAUCUCAUGACAAUCCCAUAGUUUUGUUACGAUAAAUGUUCCUAAUGCAGAUUCUGUGUUUCAGGAUUCCAUUUCCUAUCUGAAUGUAUCCUGUCUUUGUUUUUUUUAAACGUCACAUUUUGAACACUGAUUACAUUUUUGAUGGCCAAAAUAAUGAUUAAAAAUAGGUGUAAAAAGAAAUAUAAACAUUUCUAUAAAUAGAUAAAUAAAUCGGGUGAUACACAGUACAUCUUGUGGUUGUUUUGACAAUUGUUGUUUUCCCAUCUGUGAAAAAAAAAUCAGGUGAUACAAAUGUCUUGUAUUUUGGUGCUAUUUAUUUUGAACUGAAUUUUGUUGACAUUUCUGAUGAUUUAUUUUUUCACGUCAACAUAAUUGUUUCGAAAUGUGAUGGUUUAAAAAAAAUAAAAGUUGAAACGUUGACGCCAAUUGUAGCAUCCUCCCAAACGACUUGUAUUUAUUUCUUCCUGAUUGUUGAAUUUGAAUGCAAAAAACUCGACAAUACCCUAUGUGUUGUAUUGGUUAAACACUCAGUUCAGAUUACGUGUCUUGUAGCAUUGCCCCACCAUGGAUUUUGUGAUUGAUAUUAAAGAUAUCCUCAAUGAA